AUGUCGGUCAUGGCUCCUGCAAGAGACGACAGAAGUAUAGAACCUUCGCAAGCGAUAGAUAGUAUGACCGGCACAUCCAUCUCUGAAUUUGCCGGGCUUCCAGCCAUGCUUACUGUGUCUUCCUGUGUCGCAACUCGCUUGACGAUGGGGCCACUGCCCAUGUAG